UCUUCGUCUCUGUGCAGGGCGAGGAUGUUGCUGCUGCUGCUGCUGCCGCUGCUCGUGUGCGGCCUCUCGCCUUCACUCUCCUUGGCGCUCCCAACCUCAGCUCCGCCUCGCUCCGCCGCCCCCGUCCUGGCGCUCCCACCCAGCGCCCUGGACGUGCUCUCGGAGCGCGGCUCCGCACUGCUCCGCGCCUCGCGCGAGUUCGCGCUCUCCGCGCUCAGCGUCUCCACCGCGAGGCGCAAUCGAGAGCUGCUCACCUGCUACGGCGCAGCAGCUGGUCUCACAGGGGCAGAGCCCAGCUGCUCAGAGAUGGCGGCGGCAGUGGAGGAGGAAGAGGAGGAGGCGACCCCGGGUCCCAGACGACAGGGAACGGGGCCAGAGACGGCGUCUCUGACCUCGAAGACGACGAUCUCCUGGGACGAGCCACCCCCGACUUCCGGCCCAGAGGCCUCGGGCCCCGUGCAGGGACCCCUGGCCCCCGUGGAGGGGUCCCCGCGUGGCUGUGCGCGCUUCGUGCGCCUGUGCGAGGCUGCCCGCCUCUCCGAGUCCGCGUGCCGCGACCUCGUGCGUGAGCGCUGCGACGCGAGGAGGCGCGCGUGCGGUACGUCACUCGGUCGACUCAACGUGUAUGUUGGACUUCUUUCGCGCCGUACGUAGCCAAUUGAGUUCAAUUCCCGGUCGGGAGUCAAUCCAAGCCCCCGACAUUUUUUAUUUUUGUGUUACCAAAUAA